GCGACUUCAAUACUGACCGUUUAGCAACGCGCUGCCAAAUUCAACGGUUAAAACUGAGCAUUGUGAAGCAUGAUCCACAUGUUGUUCUUACCAUUGGCUCUCCCGUCUAGAAAUUUGUCGUCUGCCUUUUUCUCCUUGGCUUAUCUAAACUGAAUCUUUUUGGCGCACUUCUGCCGUUGUACAAAUCGUCAUUUGACCGUGUCUAAAUUCACAGGCUGUUACUCUUACAAUGGAGAAGUUACCCACACGCUCGGACUUUCAACUCGGUCAGGACGAUGAAACCACUGACGCUGCUGGAGCUACUUCCGAUACAGCUGCCACUUUCUCCGAACAAGCCAAUACUUUCUCGUGCGACACUCCAAGGGUAAUUCGGUCUCAGUUAUGUGAUGUUUGUAGGAAUUACCCGACGUUAACACUUUUGAGUGCGACAAGGACCGUCCUUUUCAUCCUUCUGAAAAUGUCGCUGAGCCUUCUUAUGACCCUGUCUGUACGUUAAAGAUGACCUAUAGUCCCUCUUCGGUCCUCGAUGUCCCUGUUGACGCUGCUACUGCGUCAACCUCCAAUCCACUCUCUUUUCCAAUGUCAGCGAACAGCGAACUGACUGAAAUCAUGAUGCAAUCGAAUUAUGGUCCUCCGCAACCUGAAGAUACACCAAACAAUGUUACCAGCAUGAGCACGUUGGUGAUGGAUGAUACCGCCAUACAAAGCCUUCAAAGCGCUUGCGCAGCUGAUUCCAAACCUCACGCUGAAAGCGCUUACGCCGAAAAUCAGUUUCCUUCUGUGUCGACAAUCUCAGUUGUCGGGCAGACUAACAUCGAUUGCCCAGGCGACAAUUUAGCUUUUUCUAGCCCACAAGGAAGUGAGGCCUCACAUUCAUCGCAUUGGACCCCAAGUUGUGUGGGUGUGUCUUCACAGUCCGACUUUAGGAACGCUACUUCUGUCCGUUCGGCCACACACCCAAGCCCUCAACUCGACUCCCUACACAUAAAGACAACCAGCAGAACACCACCUUGCUCAUCACCUAGUCAAGCGCACUUUUGUAACUUAUGCGGCAAGCAGUAUCGACAUGGGGCUUCUUUACGAAAUCAUAUGAGAAAACAUGAAUCAGGAGUCCUUCCGGCCAAACGUUACCGAUGCCCCCAUUGUAUCUAUUCCAGCCAAUACAACAGGAACGUAACCAAGCACAUCGACAGCACCCACAAAAGUCUGGAUAACUUUUACCCCGUUUGUUCCAAUUUAAUUUCGCAACCCACGGUAAAGCAAAAUCUGCGGAUCAAAGAGGAGCUAGCAACUAAGGCAAGCUCCUUCAAUUGGACCACGCGCAUGGGAGCCGACUCCGAAGUAGAUAUGUUCGAACUCUUACCGCAUGUAACUAAUGAUCGUCAGUGUACCACAAACUUCAUUCAAGAUUACCAUCCACCUGCCUCCAAGCAAACAUCUCUCCGCAAUCCUAAUGCAGAAUUAGCUGACACGGCCACGUCUGCCUUCUCAAGUGUUCCAUCCGAAAACUCCGAAAAUAUGCCUUGCGGUAAUCAGUACCACUCAUGCCCUCGCAAGCCAUACCGUUGUGACGUUCCUGGCUGUAUUCGAGCGUUCAAGACACUAAGGUAUCUGACAAACCACUUAAACGACUUUCACAAUGACGCUGGAUAUAAGUGCUCUUUGAUGAACUACGACUCCAUCACUAAAACGGAAACCUCAAAUGCUGGUAUGUAUUCAGAGCGAAGGAAUUCCCUGCAGGAGUUGCUCAGUCCUGAUAUCUAUGACUCACGGGUUCGGCUUGGAGAUAGAGGGUCACCUAGUGUUAGUGGCUUUUCCGCAAUCGUCGCUCCACCGGAUGGUUGUUAUCACUCGCCUCCAACCAAACGACAGCAUAGUGAGACUAGUCUCAGUGGCCCUGAGUCACAAGAACCCCAUCGCGCCUAUGAUCCAUACCCGACUAACUCUCAAAGCGAUUUUUUGAUGCCUGCCGUGGCCGAUGUGUACUCUUUUCCUGGGCCAAGCGUUCAUUCUCUACCAAACAGACAUGCCGAAUCCACUUCAACUGUUCAGCUGAGGGACGUCAGAGCUCUAGAGGGUUGCGCUUUCAGACCGGCAAAUGGUAUGCCUUUAGACCCACGCUCUUCUGGUUUCUCAACUUUUCCUCCUCAGCCAGAGAAUACUUCGCAACCUCGACUUACUAUUCUUCCAACAACUCCCAGUUCAGAUUAUAUGGCUGGCAGAGUGGGCUCAGCCAGCUCGCUAGCGGUUCGUCGCAACGACAGACCCUUCGCUCAUGGGUGCUUGGAAACGCCUCAGAGCACAGUUGAGCAGUUGCUGUGUGCAUCCGAUAUGUCUAAUGAUGAUGCACCGCAUUCAUCACCGUCAGAAAACAGCAAGUUACCGGAUAUAUUUUAUGAUGGUUCUGCUGUGGAUGACUCGCAUAGACAAGUGGCAUUUGACAAUAAUUCCCAUUUCCCCACUUACUAUGAUAUCGGCACAAACAGGAACGAUUCUGUUGACCAAAAUCAUCACUGUUCAAGCACCCCGACAGCGGAUUCCGACUCUUUGAUUCAAGGUCAGCUGAAUUCUGAGGCAGAUGCCUUUUUCUCCGAUUUAGAAGAAAUACUUGCUCGUGAACAACCUAUGUUUGAACGCGACACACCAAACUGUGUCAACUCAGUCUCCGUCGAUAGCAAGGAAUUCGCCAACAGAUCAGUAGAGUCCUCCGUCAGAUCACCACUACAAGGCUCGAAUAGUAAGCUCAUCGGCACCGCGUCUCUUCUAAGCGGAGACUCAGGCUUGGAAAGUUGGAGCAGUAGCAGUAGCUGCAGUGCCGGUCCCAACAGUGCUUCUGUUUGGGGUUCUCAAGAGGGCGUCACCCAAAUGAAGACAUCGCCACUUGCAACAACCCCCCAGCCACCUGCCUCAAGUUCAGUCGCUGGCGCUUAUAACCACCGACAACAGUGCUACGAUCAAACUUUCGUCGUCUCGCAAACUGCAAAUGGGUUGCCAUUCAAUGAACCGGAUCCGCGUCAUAUCAGACCUGCAACUCAAACCGAUUCCGCCUUCGCUAGUGGUUGUUUCGAUAGCCAGGCAGUUGGUCUAUGCUUCCAAACGCCUGCUUCUACUGCUAUGGGACAGUCACCCUUUUUUCCUUGCAACGUGCUCUCUGCUCCUGAACACCCGUCUUCCUGUGGACAACCACUCGAUUCCCAUACGUCUUCUGCCCGAGAUUUUCUUCAUCUUCGCCCAACUUACACGCACUUUACCUCAGCGAAGCCUGGCGAACAGUUGUCUGGUGGGUCUGAGCAGAACCUUCCCGAUGCAUUAACGUUUACUCCGCGUGAGCUCACGUUCACAAAGCGGGCGUCCCUUUCUGGCACUCAUGAUCAUUUUCCCAUGCAGGAUGAUGUCCAUCAUGCGGACGCUUUUCACGGUCGAUCUGAGUUGCUAGCUAGCGUGUCCUAUGAUCCAGACGUUUCAAACUCUGCUUCUUCAUAUGUUCACGCAUUCGGGUCCCCAACAUGUGGAUUCCCCGAUCGUCUAGCAACUGGAGUGCCACAAAUCAGGGGUCAGAAGUCAAGCCCGUAUCCCCUGACCGGACAGAACUCCGUGCAUGGAGUUAUUGGUCAUCCGAAACUGCCAGAAUGUGGACCGAUAAAUCCGUAUUCGGCGCAUGAGAACUGUACUGCCUCUCGGACCAACCUGCUGUGGCAAUCGAUGCCAUCUUCAUAUCAAACUCCAUACAACUCGAGUGGAAUUCCUCACGCGCCACACAACCCGGCCUCCUACGAAGCUCACAGUCAGAAAGCACAACAGUUCACACCCACCCCUUCAGAUCUAAAGUCUGGCAUCCCAGCUGGUGCUAACCUUCAACCCCAGCACCCUCAGUCUGGCAUGGGCUACGUCUCCAUGGAUCGCGGUAAUCCAACGAUACUUCAUGCCGCCGGAGCGACUUCGGAACGAAAUCUCCCACUUUCAUGCACCAACACUGCGUGGCCUAUGAAUGCUUGCCACUCCGACUACACCCAACAGUUUCAACCGUCACAAGCAUACCGUGCCUCCUAUUUCACUCCACAGAUGUAUGAAUCCAAUCAACAUCACACUCAACUGUCUUAUCCUUCGGAACCAUUUGUGUCGCGUCAACCGCGCUGCACUCGGACCGAGACUCCGGACGCGUCGGUGUUCGCGCAUCACAGUUUGCCUUAUCAGAAUACCCCGCACCCGCUCUCACAGUUUGAGCAACAGCAAGCAUAUAAAACGCGGAAUUGUCGUCCUCCCGCUUCUCAAUCAAACCGUCUGGAGUCUAAAAUUGUUAGACCAUUCAAACUUUAUUGCCAACGCUUGGCUUCAUCGCUGCAUCCUCCACCUUGCACUCCAAACACUUAUCCUCCUGUCGGCUUUGACUCUGCUCUCUUUAGCCGGGCUAGCGACCAACUCCAGCAUCAUCCAUCAUCACGCAAUUCUUGCCGACCGACAGUCUCAGUUGACUCGGGUAUCGUGUCAUCAUGGUCUGGCGGUGACCAGUCCUUGAUCAGUGGCAGUGUCCCUAGUGUUGUUCCAAGAGGCGUUGCGGCUACUGGUGUUCCCUACGCGCAUGGGCCACAAUCUGUGCUUUUCAGACGCGACUCUACUGUCGAUCACCCUCAUCAUCUACAGGAUUCGAACGCGAUGGUUCUACCGUUUGACAACUCCGGUGGAUAUAAUCAACUCCCAACUGACCGCAUCUCUCCGUAUGCCGAGAACAGAAUGUCAAUCCGUCCCUCUCGAUCUGUGGUGGAUUCUGUCUCGGUUGAACAGGAUAUCCCGAGAGAACAAGGCCAAGGAGUAACUCCCGCCCUCGAAUCAGAUCCCACCAUAUACAUUCAUCGAAACUCCGGAGCCCCAACUGCACUGCACAACGAUUGGCCAGCAGCGCCACUCUCUGAAGGUGUGCAUACGGCAAAUAUUCCACAGUUAUCCAUCGACAGGCAGUUUGGUAUGAACUGUCCUUCACAAUUAAUCAGCUGAUUACAUACAAUCGACUGUAUGCGGAUUCUUGCCUACGUCCCGAGAAGAAUUCCGUCACUCUCCAUUCCUAUCUUCCUCUCCAUGUAUAGAAGAUGCCGAUGGGGUGCAAAAGGUGCAAGGUUGUCAUUUAAACCAGCCGCGCACCAAUGCUCUUUCAUACGCUCCUUGAUGUGGUGUUCGCAAGUGCCUCUGCUGGCUUGCUUAUUUUAUUCUCUCUGUCCCAUGACUUACUUUUAGCCACUUGCGUUCUGUGCUUCUUUCACAUCCCAAGUGUACCUUGUCUCUCUCCCUCUUACUUGUACGCGGCCACAUACCACACUGUACAUGACCCACUGACUUGGUGUUAGCCUUCCGCCACAUGUGCGCUUAUCGCGUUGCGAAAUCCUCCGUUCUUCAUCGCAUACAUUCACUGCCUUUCAUGUGCGCACACAUACACACAAAGGGACUCAUUUAAUAGCGAAUACCAUCCUUUUGUGCAUUCGCGAUUCCCUCCCUCCUACACCCCCAACUCACUGUCUUCUUAAUAUACCGAUCGAUUCAUCACCACACUUGUGUUACCGCUUGUUCAUCUUUUGACUUUACUUUUCAUCGCUUGUCAUCACUAUUACGCGGUGUGUGAUUUCCCGAUACUUCUUUUUUAACCUGCUAUCUCUUACUCCGCGUUCUCGUCAUCUUCACAUUUCGGCUUGUUCCGACUGAUUUCCAUGGAAUGUUCGCCUCUCCCUCCACCAUACUUGUCUUUGUGCUUGACGGAGCUCAAUGACUUCCGCGACCGCGCGCUCACGGUCUUUCACUUUUUGCGUUCAGUUUUCCCGACUGGGAUUCUCACACUUGAUGGCUGUUGAUCUCUUACGUAACCUCCGUUCGUCUAAUAUUUCCAAGUCGUCCUGUCCUCACUGCCGAUUGCUUUCUGCUUUACAGCUCGCUUCGUGUGUCCGCCUUCCAUCCCCAACCUUAUCGAACUGUCACGUUUAUGUACGAUGUUUAUUGCCUUCUUGAUUGAUCACUUCUCAUUCUUGCUCUUUGUACCGACGUUCUUUUCCACUUGACCGGUGUUUUGUGAUUCCACUCAUUCAAUCUAUGCUUCCCUACACUGUCUCAUCUCUCGUUGCGUAGCCUCUUCGCUCCUUUUUUCAACGUCGACAAUCCUUGGUAUGACGGACUUCCCGCUCGGCUACCGGCUUGCUCAGCCACGUUGGGCUCAAUAGUUGAUGUUCUGAUCCCUCUAUCCCAAUGCGCGCUCGCUUUCAAGCACGCCGCUUGAGGAUAGUAACUAUCAAACUUUUUCACUUCACACUCACGUACACGAUACUUUUUCAUUGAAUCAAUUUAUAUUUUUAGAUGGACUAUUGAGAUGUUGAUAAAAGGUUAUUCUUUUUUAAUUGUAUAUUUC